AUGUUUCCUCUAGAAGAGAUUACAAACAAUACUUGCUCUGGUUUCCGGGAUAAGCAUCCUCACACUAUCCUUUACAACAUCUUGAGCGGGAGGGAGAGUGGCUACCUCAACCGCAAACUGAACCAUUGUGCCACGGAGCACAACUGCCACUGUGAGCAGAGGAGGACAGUUUGCCUUAAGGACCCAAAGGCCACUUGCCAAGUUGCCUCCAGUGUGCUGGUCAAAACCAUCUGCUUUGUGAGAAGUUUACCAUCCUUCAGUCAGCUUUCAUCAGGGGAUCAGUCGUCAUUAUUAAGACACUGCUGGGUUCCUUUAUUUGUUCUAGGGCUCGCCCAAGAAAAGAUAGUCUUCGAAGUGACUGAUGUCCCAAAUUCGAGUAUUCUCCGACAGAUUCUGCUCGGACCACGACUCCCCGAACAGGAGGCCGAGCAACCAACUCUUGCUGAAGUCCACAAAUUGAGAGCUUGCUUGCAUCUGCUGUGGAAUCUGGAUCUCAGUCCGAAGGAAUAUGCUUACCUGAAGGGUGUUUUAUUGUUUAACCCAGCUGUUCAAGGACUGAGUGCCUUGUCGUUUGUUGAAGCCCUCCAACAAGAAGCCAAAAGAGCUCUCGAAGAAGUCAUUCAACUCCUGCACCCAGAGGACACCGAUCGCUUCAGCCACAUCCUUCUAGCAGCCUACACCAUUCAGACUGUCGGCUACAGCCUGGUCACAGAGCUCUUCUUCAAGCCAGUUAUUGGCAACACAAAUAUGUUACAUUUAUUAACAAAGAUGUUGUUUGUGCAAUGA